CGUACGACAGUUCACAAUGAUAAUACACAAACGAAAUACGCUGUUAGCGAAAAUUUUCCAAUGUUCAAUUGUAAUUGUUUAUCUUUGUAAAUACUCAGAAACACGUAGUUCAAGUCGAUCCCAUGAAGUUCCAUCAUUUUUGAAAAUAUGCCAUCGUACCGAUCCAAAAAUUAACGAUUGUCUCAAACAAAGUGUAGAAUCAUUACGACCAUAUUUAAAAAAAGGUAUUCCUGAGUUUGGUAUACCAAGUUGUGAACCGUUAGAAAUUCCUGAAGUGAUUCUAGACCAAGGUACUGGCGCAGUUAGUGUACGAUCCACGUACACGGAUAUUAAAGUUUAUGGACCAACUGAAUUUGUUCUUAAAUCUGUCAAAAUUGACCUUGACAAAGAACGUGUAAGAAUUAAAUUAUAUAUACCCGAAUUAUAUAUGACAAGUAAAUAUUCAAUGGAAGGACGUAUAUUAAUGUUACCAAUCUCAGGGUCAGGUCAAAGUCGUGGUAAUUAUAGUAAUAUUGAUGCUACUGUAUCGAUGCAAGGUGAACAAAUUGAUAAAAAUGGCGAACGUUAUUUAAAUAUUAAAGAUUUAUUUGUUGACUUUAAUAUUGGGCAUGCUUCAGUACAAUUGGAUGAUUUAUUUAAUGGUGACCAAGAAUUGGGUGAUGCUAUGAAUUUAUUCUUAAAUGAUAAUUGGCGCAAUGUUGCCAAUGAAAUUAAACCAGUAUUAGAAGAUACAAUUGGAAAUUUGUUCAAGAAGAUAUGUAAUAAAAUUUAUCACAAGUAUCCAGUAACUGAAUUACUACCUCCAUAA